UUCAUGUUCAUCUUCUCUCUCCCUCUGUUUUGUUUUUGUUUUUUAAUCUGUCAAAUAUUAAUAGGGGUAUUGCAGAUUCCAGAGUGUAUAGCAAGUUGGGAUCAAAUGGAUGAGCCUUUUUCAAUCCCAACUGUCCUUGUAUGUGCAAGUAGUUGUUGGGGAUGGGACCAACUGACCCAUUCUGCAGUGCACCUCCUCUGUAAAUAUCUCAGGAUAACCAAUCAACAUCAUUCAUAAUUUAUUUGCCUGCCCUUUGUAAAUUUCCAUACUCUUUUGGGGCUUUUUUCUCAGCCCAGACUUUGUUUUCUUUGAUGGUUUUAUUUUUGGGUUUAUCUAAAUUCUGGAUGCUUCCCACUUUGUUUUUAUUAGGCUUCUGAUUCGAUUUUAUUGUUUUUAGUUUCUAUGUUUAUGUAAACUUACAGUAAAAUAUGCAAUCAGAGUAAAUACCUGAAUUGUCAAAAUUUUCACUUUUGGUAAAAUAUGAGAAAUACACCGCACACACAGAGGAGAGAGAGAGAGGAGGUGAAGCAAGGUCUUGCACACUCAAGGUCAGCUAUUCAGAGGUGUCCAAUUAUUGACUUGUGGAGCAAAUCACCAUUGAAAUCUUCGCACGCUUCACUGAGUUUAGCUUCUUUGGCGUUCUCUGGGUCUGUUUAUUUUUGCUCUUGCUUACCUCUGUGGUCUGACGCAUCUGCUUCCCAUAAUUUAGCCCACCAUCAAAGAAGCUGUUACUGGUAACCCACUAUUGAAAUAAUUUAGAUCCAAGUCCCAAGAACAAUUCUGGACAGUUGAUAGUUUCAGACCAGGUGUAGCAUAAAUCAACAGGAGGAGUUUGCUAGAUUACUUUUUUCUCUUCUUCCGGUGGGCUAUAUUUUGGAUAGUUGAGUCAAACAAGACUACAUAGAUGACCGUGGAUGAAGCAGGUAGUAGCUCCUUGUGGAGUCGAGAGCAGGAUAAGGCAUUUGAGAAUGCUCUGGCAACUUAUUCUGAGGAUUCUUCAGAUCGGUGGGAAAAAAUUGCAGCUGAUGUACCAGGGAAAACCAUAGAGGAAAUAAAACAUCAUUAUGAACUCUUAGUUGAUGACAUAAACCAGAUCGAAGCUGGUUUUGUGCCACUGCCUUGCUACAAUUCUUCUUCAGAGGGUUCGACAAGCCAUGCCAGUGACGAAGGAACUAAUAAGAAAGGUGGACAUUCUGGAAACUACAGCAGUGAAUCUAAUCAUGGAACUAAGGCUUCAAAGGCAGAUCAGGAGCGCCGAAAGGGGAUUGCUUGGACAGAGGAUGAACACAGGCUAUUUCUUCUUGGUUUGGAGAAAUAUGGGAAAGGUGACUGGCGAAGCAUAUCUCGGAAUUUUGUGGUAACAAGAACUCCUACACAAGUGGCAAGCCACGCACAGAAGUACUUCAUACGUUUGAAUUCAAUGAACAAGGACAGAAGGAGAUCAAGCAUUCAUGAUAUCACCAGUGUCAACAAUGGAGACAUUUCGUCACCUCAAGGGCCAAUAACAGGUCAAGCAAAUGGUUCUGCAGUAGGUUCUUCUGGCAAGUCAACCAAACAAUCUCCUGCUGGGCCUCCAGGGCCAGGGGUUGGCAUGUACGGUGCACCGACUAUAGGACAACCGAUUGGAGGACCCCUUGUAUCAGCUGUUGGCACACCUGUGAAUCUCCCUGCAGGGCCUCCACACAUGGCAUAUGGUCUGAGAGCCCCCGUACCUGGAGGAAUUGUUCCGGGGGCACCAAUGAACAUGGUUCCCAUGACAUAUCCAAUGCCUCACACUUCUCAUAGGUAAUGUGAUAUUUGGCAGUAGCAGCAGCAGCUUCAGAAUGUAGUGUACAAAGAACAGAGACCACCACCCUUGUAGCUUGUGCUCGAUGUUGGGUUUUUAGGAUCAUUUUGCUCCGAGCCUGCAUGUUUUAGGUAUUAGCAAAGCACAAGUUGUUGAAUGUUUUACCAUUACUAGUCUAUUCUUGUACGAAAUAAGCCAUUUCUAUAUGGGGGAAGAAUUACAUGAAUGUGUAUAGGCGGCAAUUGGGAAAAAGAUGGCGAUAUUUAUUGGCAGGUAGAAGUCCUGGUAUUUGUUUUGUCUUUGAUGGAAAUCGUUAGAGCAUUGAAAGGCAGUGAAGUGCUGAAGAGCUGUUGUAAGGCAAAACUUGUGGAGGGACGCUUUGACAUUUGAAAUAUUAUUUUGGGUAGCAAUAGCACAUCGUUAGCAUUGAUGUAUUGUAGAAUUUGUGUAAUAAAUCCAGUAUUCUUUGA